AUGUCGAAAGCCGCUGACAGACAGAGCUACGCGCAGACCUACAAGCUCGUCGUCGUGGGUGGGGGCGGUGUCGGAAAAUCGGCGAUCACGAUACAAUUCAUCCAAAGCUAUUUCGUGACCGAUUAUGAUCCAACGAUUGAGGAUUCCUAUACGAAGCAGUGCGUUAUCGACGAUGUGCCAGCCAAACUCGACAUUUUGGACACCGCUGGCCAAGAGGAAUUUAGCGCCAUGCGCGAACAAUACAUGAGAAGCGGCGAGGGAUUCCUCCUCGUGUUUGCCGUCACCGAUCACUCGUCUUUCGACGAGAUAUUAAAGUUUCACAGGCAGAUACUUCGAGUGAAGGAUCGAGAUGAGUUUCCCAUGCUAAUGGUUGGAAACAAAGCGGAUUUGGACCAUCAUAGGAUUGUAUCAAUUGAGGAGGCGCAAAAUAUGGCGCGUCAAUUGAAGAUUCCAUACAUUGAGUGCAGCGCUAAGCUACGGAUGAACGUCGAUCAAGCUUUCCACGAGCUGGUGCGAAUCGUCAGAAAGUUUCAACUGUCGGAACGGCCGCCGCUGAAGCCAAAUUACAAGAAGAACAAGAAGAAGUGUUGCAUGCUGUAAUAACAAAACUAUUUAUCCUGACAGACGAUUUAGCACACUGAUCGGACCGUAUUUUUGGCGGUGAGUUCUCAUUCAGAGAAGAAACAGGGAAAGAAAAUGGUAAAUUCGAAAAUUACACACGCAAAAAAAAAACUGAAAUUUUUAUGAUACACUUUGUCGGAAAUAAUUUACACCUCCGCGCAAAUAAAGUAUUCUUUUUCGUGUUUAGGAUUGAAAACGACGCGGAUUUCGAUAUUGAUUACAUAAAUAAACUGCCAAACUUUGCAACAAGUUUACUGAUGAUUACCGCAUGUGCUUUUCUAACUAUUGCGCUAGAAGGCAACGUUUUACCAACGAUUAUCGUCGACAUUUACUAUCGUCUCGCGGCGAUAACGAUAAUAUGAUUAAUUACAAUGUGACAGUAAAAUAACUCUUUUUAAUGCCAUUAUAUUCAAUUUGUAAUGUAUAGAGUUUAACGAAAAAUAACUUUGCUUCCAUAUAUAGCAGGUCAAUUUUCGCCUUGCAUAAAUAGAGGCAAUGGCCCAAUGACAAAUAUAAUUAUUUUUCUAAUAAAUUUUGCUGGAAGAACGCUCUACAAAUACUAUCGAUGAGUAAAAUUUAAAACGGUUAUUAUCUGUAACGCAAUGUACUGUUUAAGAUGGUAUAUUUGGAUGGUUGGGAUGAUGGUUAACUUAUUACGACAUAAUUGGAUUUAAUAGUGGGCAACCACACAGGGUCCCAGGGUCUUCAUAGAUUCGCUUCCGCUCGCUGCUGAUCGUCUGAUAUAUUAAUGAUCUCGAAUUGCAGCGAAACUAAAAUUAAGGCAAAUAGAACAACACACAAAUUUUCAUAACAUUUGUAUGAUAUGACAAUAUAUACUUGUAUGACCAACAAUUUGAAAUGUAAAGGGAAUGUUUCAUACAACAUACAUAUAUAUAUAUGUACUAAUUGUAAGAACAGGAUAAUUAUGAUCAUGAAAUGUAGAAUAUGCUUUUGCUCUUUAUCUCUCAUUUUAAGGAAAUAUUUUAGACAGAAAAUAUUAGUUGAAAUACCUUAUUUUUAUUCACGUAUAUGAUCCAAUGAAUACGUGCCGGCAAUAUAUAUCGUGUUGGUAUAUAUGAUAUCUAAAAGAUGCAUUCGAUCAAAGCAGUUGAAUCACUAUUUUGUAGUGACGACUUAAACGCACACUGUACUCAGCCACUUGUCGAAAAUACUUCUGCUAUUAUUAGCAGCGUUCUAAUUCGUCUUCCCUUUGGUUGAGUCAUAAUGUCUAAUUGCGAAAAUCAAAAUAACGCAGUAACUAAACGUACAAAUUAUGAGAUACAAACCGAGCAAAUACCAUUUAUAUUCGAGUUACGUCUAUAAGAAUUGUUAAAAUUGUUUAAAGUUAUCUCUAUAUUUACAUAUAGCACUUAGUGGUUGAAAUUUUGCGCAAAUUACAAUAAUAAAAUCAGAAUGGGGCCAAUAACAUUUUUAAUGCAGAUGAUCAUGUAAUUAAUAAUAUCUUAAUGUUAUAUACUCCACAAGUUUCGAUUAGCACGCUCCGUUUGAAUUAAUUUUGACGUUAAAACAAAAUUAAUAAUUUAUAUUUACUUACAUAUUCUUCUGUUAUAUUUAUAAUUAAAUGUCUUCCAAUGUAAUUACUCUUUAAAUGCAUGUAACUUUAUUUAA